AUGAAAGCAUCUAUCGCGGCGUUAGCGCUCACGACCGGGCUUGCCGUGGCAGCAACCUCGCUUGAGCGGAGGGCGUGCGAGACGAGCCUUCCCAGCGAUGAGUUCAUAAAGAGUAGGACUGUUUCAUAUUGCAUGGACAUCAAGGGGGACGACACCAAGACGGCGACGACCUGCAGCAAAUUCGCGGAAGCGUGCAUCGACACGGAGAACAAGACCGGGGUUCGCCACAGCUGCACCAGGUUCGAGUCCAUCAUGGCAUGCGUCGAUAAGAUGAUCGACGAGUGUCCCGCAAAUGGAGUGAAGCCUUCAAAGACACAGCCGGGAUCUUCUGACCACAUCCCCGUCAAGCGUCGUCUCCUCAAGUACUGCGAGAGCCUUCCCGCCAUGGCGUCACAACACGUGGAAUGUGGCGAGAUAGCAGCCAAGUGUAUCAAGGAUACCAGGAAGAAUGCGGGCAACAGCAACGUGCUCAAACUUGGGCACGCUUGUGUCGACGCAGCAGUGCAGCGCCUCGCGUUCGAGAAGGCCAAACGCGACGUGACGCAGCGCCUCGAAGAGACCUGCAAGGGCCAGUCAAUUGAGCUCUACAGGUGCAAGCGAGCCAUCUGUUUCUGCCAAAAGCUGUUGAACGUGCCAUACAAAGAUGGCAAGACAUACGAUCUGGGUUUGGAGGACAAAGGCUUGGAUUGUGUCAUGCAGAGGAUGGCUACGCGGUUUGACGAUAUUCCCCAGGAGGAGCGCGAUCUCUGCCCCACGAAGUGCUUCAAAUCGCCCAAGGAGGGCAUUGACAACUUGGGGAAACUUGGCUUGGGGGUUAGACAUUGUUCCCACGUGUUUAACGCGUACUAG